UCCCAACUGCCGGUCCCAUCACACUGGGAUGUCAGCUCCAGGACAUUGUCAUACCUCCCAGGCUCCAUGACAGCACCAUGGCAGCUGCAACUGCCAGCUCAGGAUCUCAAGACUCCUCCCGGGGGUCCCUCCUCCCCCGCCGUCAGCAGCUUCACCCACCGGGAUUUCAGUCCCUCCUUCCCAAGGUCAUGGGCUCCAGCAGCCCCAUUGUGAUCCUUCGGGAUGUGCCCAAACAGCCUGAAUUGCAGCCCUCCAUCAGAUACAAACCAAAGAGCACCAGAAUCAUCACCAAGGACCUGAUCCAGGACCUCGUCAUUCCCCAGGAGAAGCCCAAACCAUGUCUCAUCAUUGGAGAAAAGGAAUACAAGAAACUCAAGGAAUCAGCUCAAGCCCCAACUGAGGUGGAGCAUUGGGACAGGCUGAAGACCCUGAAAGCCAGACAGGACGCAGCCUUCGAAGCCCUGAAAAAGGCCCAGAUUGAGGAGCAGAGAAAGGCAGAACUGGAGGACAAGAGGGACCAUCAGAGAGACGUGGAGGAGGAGCUGCAGCAGGAGGAGCAGAAGCUGCUGCAGCGGGUGACAAGGAUGAGGCUGGAGCAGGAGGAAGAUGUGCGGGAACUGAACGUGCUGUUCCUCAAUGCCAAGUGCAACAUGAUCCGGGACAAGCAAGUCCUGGAGAAGAGGAUGAUCCACAAGGAACUGGCGGAGGAGGAGAAGCGCUUGGACAAGAUGAUGGAAAUGGAGUGGGAGAAGGGCAUGGAGGUCCAGGAGGAGCUGGAGCGCCAGAGGAAGCAGGAGCUGAUAAGAGCCCGGCAGGACAUUGUGAAACAGAUGGAGCAGAAUGCAGAGGAGCGGGCACUGAGGGCUGAGGAGCUGUACCAGGAGGGCCAGAGGCAGCUGGAGCGACUGGAGCAGAUGAAGAGGGAGGAUCAGAAGGCCUGGGAGCAGAAACAGGAGCAACUAAAGCAAAUCCAUGCCGAUAUUAAACGUUUCAACAUGGAGAGCCAGAGGCUGAAGGAUCAACAGCGGGAGUGGGAGAGACUGGAGGACGAGCGGGUGCUGGAGCAGCAGCGGCAGAAGGCUGAGCGUGAGUCCGCCUUGGAGGCAGAGCAGCAACAACUGUACCUGGAGAAGGAGAAGGAGCUGGCCCGGCUCAGGGCCACACAGGAACGGGCCCAGGACUGGCAGGCAGAGCGGGAUGCUCUGAGGGCCAAGAGGAACCAAGAGGUCGCAGACCGGGAAUGGCGGCGGCGGGAGCUGGAGAAGGCACGGAAGAAGGCUGAGCUGGAGCAGCAGCUGAAGCAGGACCGGCUGGAGCAGGUGGCCCAGAAGGAGCAGUACCUGGCCAUGCAGGUGGAGCAGGACCGCCAGGAAUUCCAGAGGGUGCUCAGGGCCCAUCAGGAGCAGAUGGAGCGGGAGAAGCUGGAGUGGGAGCAGAGAGAGCACCAGCAGCACGCCUAUGCCGAAGAUCUCCGGCGGCAGAUGCAGGAGCUGCAGCAGCAGCGGCAGCAGGAGCGGGCGGCCGUCAUUGCCGAGGGCUGGCAGCAGCAGCAGGAGGUCCGGCAGCGCAGCCAGCGCCUUGCCCAGUUCAGGCAGCAGAAGCUGCAGGAAUUCAGAGCCACUGGAAUGCCCGAAAAGUACUGUGCCCAGGUGGAGCGCAAAGCCCACAGCUGAGCCAGCACAGUCCCCUCCUAGGCCCAGCCCCACCAGGAACCAGCUCCAAUUCCCCAUGGUUUUGGGGUUCCAUUUGCAUUGACUAAAUUUUCCAAUAAACAAUGUUUCUGAGAA